AUGUCGAGAGUUCCCGACUGGGUUCUGGAUUCUAAGCUUGAGACUCAUUUCCUGCCUGGUAACAAACACGAGACGGUGCAUACCUACUACGAACAGGAAUCCCUUUCCCAGCGGCCAAUCAAAAAAUCAGAACACUGGGAACGGGAGAAGAAAAUUGGCGAUGGUGGGUUUGGAGAAGUGUGGCUGGAGAGAUGCACAAAAGGAAAGAAUCGUGGCCAUGUCGUCCGUGCAACAAAGCAGAUGGAGGUGCGCCGGCAGAUAGACUACGGCCGUGAGCUCGAGGCUAUUGCGAAGUUCUCACAUCCAAAGCACGAGCGAUGUUUUGUCAAGUCUUUUGGGUGGUACCAGACCGAAGCCAGCUUAUUUAUUGCAAUGGAAUAUCUUCAGCUAGGGGAUCUACAAGGUUAUCUGCACGACCAGAAGCAGCCGCUGCCGGAAUUUGAGGCGCAGGGCAUCAUGUCCCAAAUUCUUGAGGGCCUUUAUUUGAUGCACGACAAUGGAUUUGCACAUCGUGACUUGAAACCCAAUAAUAUCCUCUUGAAAUCCUGUCCACCAGAUGAUUGGUGGGUAAAGAUUGCGGACUUUGGGAUCAGCAAACGUAUCGAAGAUGACCUUGGAAAAUCAACAACCAUGAAGGGCACCCCCGGAUAUAUUGCUCCCGAGCUUUAUGAAUUCACCCAAAGCGACAGUCCAUAUGCCGUUGACAUUUGGGCAGCUGGAGAGGUUAUGUUCCAAAUUUUGACGAAACAACCCACAUUCAAGCAUCCAGGAUUGCUCUUCACCUAUGUCCAAACGCCUGACAUUUUCCCUUCCAAUCAACUUUUGGCCAACGAGGUCAGUCAAGCUGGAGUUGAGUUUGUCUUGUGUCUUAUGGAUCCUACGCCGGCAGGCAGACUGUCAGCCAAAGAUGCGUUACACCACAGGUGGAUUGAUCAGUCAUUACCCUACAAUCGCAACUCAGCUACACUUGCGUAUAAAGAGGCACAUACUACAUCAUCGCUUGACUCAAUGACAGAAGAAUUUGCGUCAUGGAACACCUUCAAAUCUCCAGAGGCAUUCGAAACCUUCAGUCCGAGGAGAACAGAGGAAUUGGGGACAUCAUCUCUCCAGACUUCUAGCAACGAAAUUGUAAAGUUUCAGCCAGUGCAACAGAAAAGUGCCACAGCUGUCAGCAUGAUGCUUUCUAGAACGCUUAAGGGCCAUUCUUCAUGGGUGACUUCCGUGGCAUUCUCACCCGAUGGUAAAUGGGUGGCAUCUGGAUCGAGGGACAACACAGUCAAGCUCUGGAAUACUAUUACGGGCGCUAUAUACAAAACGAUCCCGGGCCAUUCAAAUACCGUCAUAUCCGUGGCAUUCUCACCCGAUGGGCCAUUCAAAUACCGUGACUUCCGUGGCAUUCUCACCUGA